UUAUCCAGCCUCUUACUUGCCGACAUUCUCAAAUUUGUCAGGUCUUUUGCAGGCUCGGAGUGCAACCCGGGACAAGAUGACGUUCGUCAAUGACAUUUAUCCAUUCUACACCCGACAAAGAACUCCCUUCAUCUUCAGUCUCGAUUUACUAACUGUUAUCCUGGUAUUCCUCGUUUUUGCCCUCACUUUCCUCAUUAUUCUCCCAGGGAUACGUGGCAAGUUGAGAUUCUUCUGGAUGUUCAGAAUAAUUCUCAGUUUAUUCAUAGGCGCAGUAAUUGUCGCCGUCAACUUCACAAGCGACUGGGCUGCUGCCAGCGUGAAAGCGAACACCACCUACAAGUCCUUCAGCAAUGCCUUAGUAACAGCCGAGGUCGGACUGCAUGUAGGACUAUCUGGAAUAAAUGUUACACUUAAAGGAGAGCCAGUGGAGCAGCUGAACGAGACCAUAAACUACAACGAGAUGUUCAGAUGGACGAACCUUCUGGACAAGGACUACGAAGACGCUCUCGAGAGGGGCCUUCCCAACCCCAUCCUAUACAUCGCCGAGAAGUUCACCCUCAACAGCCCCUGUGGCCUUUACUACCAGUACAGAUACUCCGGGCGCUACGCAUCUGGCACCAUGUGGACAGCAUUCUGCUGCUGGCUGGUUGCCAACAUCCUCUUCUCCUUUCCUGUCAUCCUCUACGCCGGCUACAUGAUGGUCGCCACGGGAGUGUUCAUCUUCUUCUCCCUGGCAUCCUUUGCUACCAUUCAGAACGUCCCCACGUGCACCUUCACCAUAGGGACGGAGUCCUUUGAGGCAGAGCUAAGCCACUCCUUCUGGCUGGCCCUGGCCACAGGUCUGCUGUGCUGUCUCAUCGGUGUGGUGGUGAUCAUACUGGACUGCUUGGUGCCAGAGAAAAUGAGAGAUGCCUUCAGCGUGGGAGCAGAUGACCCUGACGAAGACUCAUGUUUAGGGGAAGGAUACAUAAACGCCAACUUUCUUGAUGAAGUGACCACUCUACCGCUUGGGAGUGUAACAUUAAUGCUUGAAAUAUGA